UAUUCUCCAGGUAAUACUAACUUUACAUGUUAACGCUUUGUUUCUUAAUUUGUUCUUAUGUUUUGUUUACUUACUUAUAUCUGUAAUUCAUAGCUUUGGGCGUGGGAGCACAUUCUCAUUGGGCAACCAAUGAGGACUGUGGGACGUGGUGCAUUUGCGCCACCAAUUCUUCCACCCCGACAUGUGCCGUAUGGAUCGCGGUGGUCCUUUGAUAGACGUACAAGGAUCCACACAGGAUCUGGCGUGGGGUUCUACCGCGAUCAAUUCGAUCUACUUCGAGCUGACCAGGCACAGGGCAUUGCAUCUGUCAUCAGCUCCACCCAAGAGGAGCCUGUACGGGAGAUUGCCCAAGGCAUACUCCUAAGGACACAGUUUCAGCACUUCAUUCUAGAAGUCGUUGUGCCCGACACCACUAUGGACGAGCAGGGGUCAUCUCCUCAUCAUGCCGACGUUCAUCUUGAAGAGGUAGACUUAACGUGCCCCGACUAUGGUGUCGGGUCCUCACAGGGUGCUGGAUGAUCCCAGUAUCAAUCACCUCCCCUGCCCGAGCGUCAUGCGACGACCUCUUACUAUCGUAGGAGGCGUCGUCAACCGUCACAAUUAGACAGGGUAUAGGAGGAGGAUUAGCAUUAGUAUACUGUUUGUAUAU